AUGGCCGAGCUCGAUCAGGAGUGGAAGGGGCAAAAUGAGGAGCUUUCGGUGAAGGAGGAGGCGGGGGAGGUGGUGGUGGAAGUGGCGGCGGAGGAGGAGGACUAUUUCCGGGUUCGGGUUACGGCUCUGGUUUUGGGUAGGGUGGAGGCGAAGGAUACGGUGAGGGAGAAGGCAAUGGAGUGUUCGGUAGAGGCGGUGGUGGAGGUGGAGGGUGGUGGUGGGACUGGGUCCGGUUCCGGAUUCGGAUCAGGGAGCGGCUCAGGGUUUGGAAGAGGAAGCGGAGGCGGAGGCGGAGGUGGAGGAGGAGGAGGUGGAAAUGGAUCAGGCUACGGUUCGGGAUACGGUAGCGGAAGCGGAUUUGGAAGUGGAGGUGGAGGCGGAGGAGGAGGAGGGGGUGGGGGCGGAGGUUCCACUGGGAGUGGCUCCGGGUUUGGUUCAGGAUACGGGUCGGGCUAUGGCUCCGGACGCGGAGGAUGGAAAGAGAUUUUGCCGUGA